UCACCAUUUCAAGAAUGGGGAGAGGGAAAGUAGAAUUGAAAAGAAUAGAGAAUCAAACAAACCGGCAAGUCACUUUCUCCAAGAGAAGAAGUGGCUUACUUAAAAAAGCCUUUGAACUCUCAAUUCUCUGUGAUGCUGAAGUUGCCCUUCUCCUUUUCUCUCCCUCUGGAAAAUAUUACCAAUUUGCUAGUCACGACAUCGAUAGGACAAUUUUAAGGUACAAGAACGAAGUGGGAUUGUCCACAACUAACGAUGACCAAGGCCUUAGAGCAAUGGAGGUUUGGAGGACACAGAUUGAUGACAUGACGAGAACAAUAGAUGAACUUGAAGCCAGAGAAAAGCAUUUGGCUGGAGAAGAUUUAUCAACUCUUGGCAUGAAAGAAUUGAAGCAGCUGGAGCGUCAGCUGAGAAUUGGUGCUGUACGCAUUCGCUCAAAGAAGAGGCGUAUCGUUUCCGAACAUAUCAACUGGCUUAAGAGAAGGGUGAGACUCCUCCUCUAUGAGGGAUAUAUAUUUAGAAGAAGGAAAAAAACAGUUUUUUAAUUGAAAAUUAC